GGACUCGAGUGUUUCUCUCUGAGCAUCGUCAACAGUACAACAAGAUCACAUCACCAAAUCAAGUUCUGAAACCUCAUAUAUUCACAAAAUGCACUUCUCUACUAUCCUCCCUGUCAUCGCCGUCGCGCUUGGAGCAGCCAAUGCCGCCCCCGUCGACGAUGAUUUGGUCGAACCCCGCGCACCUCGCUGCCCUCUCGGGAUUAACCUGAUCACAAUCAAAGGGUUCCGCAACAAUCCGACCGGCGUGUUCACGGGAGUUGGCGUCCCUGGCCAGUGUGAACCGCUCCCGCCCAACGUACAGAUCUUUCGGCGCGAUACAACCGUCAUGCCAGUGCUAGCUUGCUUCGAAUGCACCGUCUUCUCCGAAGACGACUGCUCGGGAUCCACGUUCAGUGUUACCAGGCAGGCCUUACGUAAAGGUCAGAAGCACACUCCGUGGAAGAGCUGGUUGUGCGACUGCAAGUCGUAAAAGACUUAGGACUACUGAAAUCACGGCAUGGUAUUUGCUUUGGGUGCGAAUGAGAAUGCAAGUUGUAGGGAAAGGGGGGCUGAUGGAGGAAGAAAACAACAUUCAUUAGGAACCAGCAACUUCUGUCGCGUCUUGUUAAUAUUUUUAGGUGCUGUUACUAGUUCUCGUACAGAAUAAG